GACAUCAGAGACGCAGCUCCAGGGAGAAACUCGGCUCCUACUCGGCCGUAGUGUGUGUUGAGACAAGCAAAGCGCAGGGCGAAGAAAACUUUACUCCGAAACGCACGUCGGCCGUUGCAGUUUUUCAACUAAUUAGCCACAAAAAAACCGCCCUCGACUUUGGAUUUAAAUGCACCUCUGAGGAGAAGAGGAGGUUGAAGCGCUUCAGUGUUGGAGCGCAGUUUCCGGAUUUCAGACCCACUGUUUUGGGAAGAUUUUGCUCUGCAUCUGUUUGGAUUCUUUUUUGUGUGUGUGUGUGUGUGUCUGGUUCUUCUUCCUCGCUCUUCCUUGUCGUUUAUCUGCGGUAACUCAACAAAUCAUCGCUUUUAAAUCCUGCAUCCACGAGCAGAACAUGGACACGCUGAGAUAACAAGGGUGAAGUCCUCGCUUGCAGAAAGAAGUUGAGCUCCGUGCUCGAGUUCAACGGGCCCACUUCCUGAUGAUGACAGUAAACAUGGAUGACGGUCUCCAAAAUGGACCCGGACAACACAGGAACUCUCAAGACGACGAAGAAGCCCUUAACUCCAUCAUGAAAGACCUGGCUGCCCUGGGUCGCUGCUACAGCCAGCAGCACAACAAGGCCAAGCACAGGACUAUGCUCUACAAACAGGAUUUAAGAGUCAAGCUGGAGCAUGAGAGAGAAAAACGAAUCAUCCCGUUUCAGAGGCCGCUGAAGAUCAAGGAGCUGCUGCAGAAAGUCACUGAGGCCUUUGGGCAGCAGAUGGACAUGUUCUUUAUGGAGAAAGAGUUGCUGCUGCCCCUGAAGACCCAGGACGACCUGGACCAGGCGGUUCAGACACUGGGCUGCACCUCUGGGACCAACGGUCUGCUCAGGAUUCAGCUAAAGACCCCCAAAAACAACCAUUACCUACAGGUGAACAGCAGGGACAAACAGAGCGAGAUGAAGUCAUCGCGGUCGCUGGGAGAUCUGAAGGGCUCCUUGCUGAAGGGCUCGGAGAGGGUGCGCAAACACUCCACAGGUUCCCUCCACACGGGGCGGACGUCCCCGCCUCCAGGCAGCGUCCCCGAAGAGCAGCAGCAGAUCGCUCGCCAGGGCUCCUACACCAGCAUCCACAGUGAGGGGGAGUUCAUCCCCGAAACCCCGGAUCAGAACAUGAUGGAUCCUUUUGGGAGCGCGGACAACUCGCUGUCGAGCAGCUGUCAAUCAAUAGAUCAGGCACUGGACAGCCCUCCAUACUCGCAGAACAACCGCGACAAUAAUUACGUGAACCUCUACGAAUACAAAGGUCGCCAUGGGAAAGGAGGGACUUUUCCACGCCAGUUCCAGUUGCCCAAUCGCAGCAAGGAUUAUGGAGAUCGCCGCAGGACGCUUCCACGGAGCUUCAUGCCGCAGGAGAACCUCUUCCAGCUGGUUCCCUCCAGCCGCACUCGCAGUUAUAAUGGAGACAGCACGCUGCAGUACAGCGACCUGCGCUCACUGGGCCGUGCUUCUGACAAGAGCUCCCAGCGCGGUACCACCAAGUCACCGCGGGCACCAGUCAACUGGCGGCAAGGAAAGCUCCUUGGGCGAGGGGCGUUCGGGGAGGUGUACCUCUGCUACGACGCCGACACGGGCCGCGAGCUGGCCGCCAAGCAGGUGCCCUUUGAUCCCGACUGUCAGGAAACCAGCAAGGAAGUGAAUGCUCUGGAGUGUGAGAUUCAGCUGCUGAAGAAUCUGCAUCACGAGAGGAUUGUUCAGUACUACGGUUGUCUUCGGGACCUCGAACAAAGAAAGCUCACCAUUUUUGUGGAGUUCAUGCCUGGGGGCUCAAUAAAAGACCAGCUCAAAGCCUACGGGGCCCUGACGGAGAACGUGACAAAGCGAUACACUCGCCAGAUCCUCCAAGGAGUCUCCUACCUGCACAGCAACAUGAUUGUACACAGAGACAUCAAAGGUGCUAACAUCCUGAGAGACUCCUCGGGGAAUGUGAAGCUGGGAGACUUUGGAGCCAGCAAACGUAUCCAGACCAUCUGCAUGUCUGGUACUGGAAUCAAGUCUGUCACUGGCACCCCCUACUGGAUGAGCCCCGAAGUCAUCAAUGGGGAGGGAUAUGGCCGGAAAGCUGAUGUAUGGAGUGUUGCCUGCACCGUAGUUGAGAUGUUGACUCAGAAACCCCCGUGGGCCGAGUACGAGGCCAUGGCAGCCAUUUUUAAGAUUGCCACCCAGCCUACGAAGCCCAUGCUUCCGGAGGGCGUUUCCGACGCGUGCAGGGACUUCCUGCGGCAGGUGUUUGUGGAGGAGAAGUGUCGGCCCACGGCGGACAUUCUGCUCAGCCACCCGUUUGUCCAGGGCUGCUUCUGAGGUAUGUGGACGCCCCUCUCCCCGUCCCUGCCUGUGAGGCCUCCUCGGCCCCAGCGCCUCCCCUCCUCUCCGGCCCUACCCCGUCCCCAGGGCCACUUCCCGUCACCAGGCUCCAGGGGCCAGCACCAAUCCAACAUCCUGCCCUGACGUCUAUCACCAGUGUCUGCCUCGUCAGGCAUCUCUCGCCAACUAGCUCAACUCGGACUGUUUCCUGAGAAGCCAGGUUGACUGUGGUCUGACCUGCAGACUUCGGAGGACUGACAAUAAGGCACUUUCACCACCUCCAGGCUACUGUCCUUCAGCAAGAGCAGGAAAAGUGACCCAGAGUUAGGGCAAAGUGAUUCCUGAGGCUUUCCGGGUCUCACUUUACACCCACUUACUGCCACAGAACAGAGUCUCGGCCUGAACCAGACAGGUGACAUUGGUCACAUCUGAUAGUACUGUAAGUUACUCAUCAGCCUCAGAUAGUGUAGCUGGGAGCAGACUUAAGACAGUCACAUAUUUUUAUAAGACACAUACAAAGAGUCUUAGCAGAUGGAAUUUCUAUGUCAUUCUAGAGAAAAUGUAAAAGUAUUUUCAACGCCUUACAAUAAGAGUUUGUAAGUAAGAAUGUCUUUUUUAAGCAUCUUUGAGGGUUGCCAUCAGCCUUCUUUCAUAGCACUCACAAGCCCAUUUUGGAAGGAUUGUCAACGAUGCACUUUUGAUACCAUGCAUUCAGAUGUUUCCGACAUGCAAGAUAAUCAACGGAGGAGAUAUUUUUCUAUUUGAUGCAUUUUUUUAUAACUUCAUAGUGAGAAUUGUGUUCUGGUGUAAAGAAAAAAAAAAGAAACUUUUGCAGUGGUGUGCAAUGUCUCUUAAGCAAUACCAACUUUACAUUCAUUCCAUCUUCCCAUCCUGUGAGCCUUGUUCUGUUCACAAGUGGCCAAAGAGAAGUUGCAGAGACAGACACCGGUUAAUGUGCAGUAUUAUUCAUGUUCCGUCACCUCGGAGCCCUAAAGCCUUUUCUGUGUUACGGCAGCUUUGUGCUCUGCACAGACCAAAUCAGAUGCAUUGACAUCACUUUGUGUUGCUAUAAAACGAUCAUGAAAUUAGUUUGAAGGAAGCGUCUUAGAUAUUUGCUGUAUCUUCAGUAUAAAUCUGCUCACCCCAUGCCUUUAUUUAGCCUUCUACUCCAUUAGAACGGAUCACUUUAUGACUUGACUGCUCGCUCUGUGCAACGUCAAGUCGCCAAAAAAGUGUCAGGCUGGAAAGACGGAGAUGAAUGCUGUAUUCUUUAAAGUGGAGGUGAAACUUUAACUGGGGGGGAAGGUGUUAGCUGUAAUACAGUGGCACUUAAGGAAUGAUCAAAUCUUUUUGACCCUUGUCAGUGCCUUAUAUGAAUAUGUAAACACAAAUGUUCACUGCCAAAGUGGAGAGCUUCCUCUUAAGGCGAGCAGCUGUUUAGUAGAGAGCACACACAGGAUUUGCUGAAAUUCUUUUAUACUGAAAAAAAAAAGAAUAUACUGUAAAUACAUAUUGUUCUGCACUUUUGUAUGAAAUGUCUUUUACAUUAUAUACAAAUGUAUUUGAUGAAAUAGCUAUGUUAUGCAGUAGGCUGUACUGUGAUUUAGACAGGAGUAUGUAUAAUUGUCUCUUUGAGAGCUGGAUGGCAGUAUGAAAAGACCGGGAGGCUUUCGACUGGGACAAAGUUUGCUUUGUCUUAAUGACAAAGCCUUGAAACAUGAAAUGUAUCAAGUCACUGAUCUUUUGUACAUUUAACUUAAUAAAUCAAAGGUCUAAGA